UUUCAAAUUUUUUUUCGUUCUUGUUCCUUAUUCGUCAUAUCUCGAGCCUCUGUCACUUUCACUCCCUCACUUCCCUCCCUCACUCACUCACUCACUCUCCCCUAUCAACACCACACGACAAUGCUUCGCCUGAAAGCACUGCUGCAGCGCAUCCUGCCAUCCGCAGUCCCAUCUUCAUCCGCGUCGGCACUCCGCAGUUCGCCAACUCUGCCGGCACCGCCCACCUAUGUUCGCACUGCGCCUGCGUCCUCGUAUCCUGCUGCCGCCGCUGCGCAGCCACACAAGCACCCGCGCGUCCACUUCCCAUCGCUCCUCGCUGCGGCGUUGGAGCCAAUCCCGCAUCGCGUCCGCCCCGUCGUUGUUAUGACGAGUCGCACGGCGAGCUGGCCACUCCAUCAACGCUUCCUCCACAGUCUCCCUGCGAGCGCCCUGGCCGCCGAGCCCGCGACCACUUCUUCAAGCUCGUCCCUGCCCAAGGACGCCAUUCUGCCGCAGGCGAUCAGCCAGACCUCUGACAAGGGCGCUUCGGGUACCUGCGCCGCCGCCGCCCUCGACCACGCCCAGGCGUCAUCAUCAUCGACGUCCAACGCUGCCGCGCGUUCAUCGUCGUCGUCGUCAGCGUCCUCGGACAAUGCGACGCUGCCCGUGGAUAUGCACGUGACGGCCGCGCCAACGAGCUCGGAAGAAGUCGACGAACGCACAGUCGUCGCGACGGUCGCGAUGCGUCUCGAAGAGGGAAUUGACGGCGAGGCGAGCUUCACGCGCGAUUCGCACGGACACCUCACCAUGCGCCCCAGCGAUCCACUCGCGCCGUGGGAGCGUGAAAAGCUUGUCGGGAAAAGCACGACUACCUCGCCCGAUGAAGCGAUCGCCAUCCACGAAGCGCACGAGCACGAGACCUUCCUCUCUGAGAGCGAGCCCGAGCCGGCAACUGCCUCGAGCGGCUCCAGCGUUCAACAUGGUCUUCACCCGUUGGAAGGGUUCCAGGCCAACCGCGCGCCGUCCGUUGAAGAAACCGAGUCUCAGACUCUUGCAAACGAGGGAAACCGUGCCAUGUCUGCGGAAGAGGUCCUCGAGCAGGACGGCGCGCCGACCGGCGUUCGCUCCGACCACAAGGUUCCUACUCUUGGUCUUUGAAUAAUCCAGGGACCCACAAAAAGCAAACUUUGCAACAAACAAAAAACAGCUAGACAAACUGCUUGCAAUGUAGCGUACACAAGGCACUGUACAACCAAAAAAAAUGUGAGCUCUGAACAAGAGUGUGAAUAUGUGGUUUUUGUCCGGUCGCUGAAAGACUGCAACAAGAAAAGCAAAACAAAAAAUAUGAAAACUCGGACAAUAUGACUUGUCGUGAGAUGUACAGCUGGAUCUUUUUUUUCUGUGAGAAAAUCAUGCGCGUCAAUAAGGGGGGAGAGAGAUGGGCAUUCGCUUUGUUUUGAUGCUUGUGUUGAUGUUGAUGUAAACAUUGAAUGAAAAGCAUUUUGCCCACAAC